AGACAGUAUCAGUGAACCGUUCUUCCGGUGCGGAUGUCCGAAGGCUUCCCGUGGUGGACCCGUGUCCUAGUGACUGGUUGCUGUGCAAACAUUGACCCUCGAACCGUGGGAUCAAAGUUGUGCUGUGUACGGUAGCCAAUUGCGACGUGUAACUGCGACGCAAUUGGCCUGGUUUCGAUCCGGAACACCGUGUCUCUCGGCAGUGCAGGCGAGCAGCGAUGGAAGCACCGAAAUCGAUCGCCUCGGGAUUAACCCGCACAAACUUCGUUAGCUUGGCCAUCGCCGCCCCAACGACACCGGCACGCGCGAAAUGGACCAGCGAUAUCGAGUUCACGCUCUCCUGCAUCGCCUACUCCGUCGGAUUCGGUAACAUCUGGAAGUUCCCGUACACGGCCCUCGACAACGGGGGCGGUGCGUUCCUGAUCCCGUACCUGAUCGUCCUGUUCGUCAUCGGACGGCCCCUGUACUACCUCGAGAUGGCGUUGGGACAGUUCUCGAGCCGAGGAUGCGUUAAAAUCUACGAUCUAGCUCCUGCGAUGCGUGGCAUCGGCGUUGGCCAAACGGUGGCAAUGCUGGUGGCCAUCUCCUACUACACACCGAUCCUUGCCAUCACGCUACGCUAUCUGCUGCUGUCGUUUAGCUCCGAGUUGCCGUGGAGCAAGUGCGAUCACUCGUGGAGCCGGUGUAUUAGCUCGAAUCUGCGCGGACACCAGAACGAAUCGUCGUCGAUCGUAAACGCUGGCGUUAGGCAGAACGUAUCGGCGGAGCUGUUCUUCACCAACACGAUCAUGCGCCGUGUCUCGCUGGACAAGGGUCUUGGAUGGCCGAACAUGGAGCUGGUUGCCUGUCUGGUCGUAUGCUGGACCAUUCUGAUAGUAAUCCUGAUUAAAGGCGUCCGCAGCACUGGCAAAGCAUCGUACUUUCUGGCCAUCUUCCCGUACGUCAUCAUUUUCAUUCUGCUAGGACACGCGCUAAGCCUCGAGGGCUCGCUGGAUGGUAUCCGGUUCUUCCUGACACCGAACUGGGAGAGCCUCUUCACGGCGAAAGUGUGGAUGGAGGCGGUGACGCAGUGUUUCUUCUCCCUUUCGAUCUGCUUCGGUGGUAUCAUCGCUUAUUCGUCCUUUAACAACUUCUCCAACAAUGUUUACAGAGACGCAAUGAUUAUCUCGUGGCUCGAUACCUUCACCUCCAUCAUCGUCGGUUGCAUCGUGUUCGGUGUGCUCGGCAAUCUGGCUCACGUAACGCACCGUCCCAACAUUCAGGAUCUUGUCCGUGAAGGACCCGGGCUCACGUUCAUGGCCUACCCGGAUGCGAUCGCCAAAUUCGAGUACUAUCCGCAGCUUUUCUCCGUCAUGUUUUUCCUCAUGUUCUUCAUCGUCGGCAUCGGGAGUAACCUCGGUGCGAUCACUAGCGUUAUCACGGCCAUUGGGGACCGGUGUCCAUCGAUCCCGAACUGGAAAAUCGUCAUCGGGCUCAGCUCGGUAAUGGGGUGCGUCAGCGUCGUCUACUUAACGCCGGGCGGUCUCGAUCUACUCGACGUUCUCGACACAUACGGAGCGAAGUACGUCACGUUGACGCUUGCCCUGUUCGAGAUCGUGACGUUCGCUUGGGUUUACGGUGUCGAUCGCGUCUGUCGGGAUAUUCGCUUUAUGUUGGGUCGUGAAACGGGACUAUUUUGGCGUCUUUGCUGGGGCUUCGUGGGACCUCUGCUCGUCGCGAUCAUACUGUUGGUCGCGUUCAUUAGCCACCAGGCGCCGAAUGUACCCGAACAGUACAAUUUUGCUGGCUGGAUGUUGUACGCGUUUGCCGUGCUGCAGCUGCCACUGUGGGCACUGUAUGCGAUCGUAACCCAGGAGGAGAAGGGCUGCCGGAAUCGGGUACAAGCUGCGUUCCGUCCCGCGAAGAGCUGGGGACCCGAAACAUCAAGCAUACGCGAGGAGUACCGGCUGCUGGAGCAUGAAGUCGCGUACAGUGCCACGCGAUAUCCACGGGGACGCUGGACUGACCGGCUGAUACGUCGGAUCUUCCACUGAGCUUCCACUCGAAG